AUGGCUGGCCAGCUUCCACGAAGAAUCAUCAAAGAGACUCAGCGGCUUCUCGCCGAUCCGGUGCCCGGGAUAUCGGCGAAUCCGGAUGAAAGUAACGCCAGAUACUUCCACGUCAUGAUAGCCGGUCCAGACGAUUCACCGUUUGCUGGCGGAGUCUUCAAACUGGAGCUUUUCUUGCCAGAGGAAUAUCCAAUGGCCGCGCCAAAAGUCCGAUUCAUGACAAAGAUCUAUCACCCAAAUAUCGAUAAGCUCGGGCGGAUUUGUCUCGAUAUUUUGAAAGACAAAUGGUCGCCGGCUCUCCAGAUUCGCACCGUCCUUCUGUCAAUUCAGGCUCUCUUAUCGGCUCCGAAUCCAGAGGACCCGUUGGCUACCGACGUCGCGGAGCAGUGGAAAACGAAUGAGGCGGAGGCAAUCAAGACCGCGAAACAGUGGACUCUUUCCUAUGCUCAAGCCUGA